AAUUCUUAAAAAAAAAAGAAUUGGCAACAGGCCAACAGAUCUGAAAUAAUUUGAAUCUUGUGCUCGUCUCGACUGCUUAUCGUCAGUCAAAUUGGUUUUGAGAAACAACAUGGCACCUCAUGUAUAUAUCCUUUUAUUAUUAAUAUUGAAUGGAUAUUAUGAAAGUGCCGAUGCCUCUUGUGAGACACCAAAGUGCACAUGCGCCAUUGAAGGGGAAGAGGUAGAGGUGGAGCAAAAUCUUUCCGGAAAUGAAGCUCUGGCGGGAACUGUGGGAGCACUAAGUUCCCUGCUUUUAACCGGAAGUGGUUUGGGAUUGUACAUGCUCUACCAAAAGCGAUGCAAAACCCCAACUCUAACAAGACAGGUGUCUGAUUUGUCCUUGAGUAAACACCCGCCUACAGGCCGGAGCAAAAUGUCACCCCCACCGCCGUAUCGCCCCGACACCUCGGCCUCCAGGAACAUUUACCGAGCGGGCAUGAAGGACCCCACUAGUCACCGCGUGGGCAGCCGCAGUGGCAACCAACACGUGUAUGAUAAGAUGUCGGACUGGAAUUAGACCACAAAUCGAUAUCGAAGUUAAUUGACACAUAUUUAAUUCAAUUCAAUCACAUUGAUUCACAUCUUCUAUUAAUUUUAUAUAUUGCGUUAAAAUUUGGAAACAGAAGCAUUUAUCUUUAUUUUCUUUUUUGUGAAAGUCUACAGUUACUAUAUGUGUAACAUCAAUGGAAAUCUUCCAAUGUUUCAGUGUAUAAAAAUAACAUUCUUUUCGAUGUUUGAUGACAAAAGUGCACUUCACUGCAAUGCUUAUAGAUUUACUUUGAAGUUUAUAUACACAUGAUAUUUAUCAGCAUUUGCAAAGGAAUGAUGUUUGAUGUUCAUGUAAAUUCAAUAUUGAUUUAGCUAAUAAUAAUUUAUUCUAUUUUAUUACACAGUUGACUUCUCCACUUAUUUCUUUUAUAACGCUAAUCAGCCUUAGGUUAAAUCAAUCCCAAUUAUAAUGGUCAUAUUUCUAAAUAAAAAAGUGAAAUAUAUGUCUACGAAAACAAGGGGAGUAAUACGAGUAGAAUAGCUUUUUUGAUAAUAUUUGUAUGAAAAUUACUGGGACAUUGAUUUUAUUGAUUCAUUGAAAUAAAGAAACCGGAACAGAAUUUGGCAGAACAAUACGUUGCAAUUUUUAUUGUUUAUCAACUUAAACCUAAUAAAGACGAAUAUUUUUAAUAUUAAUUGUCCAUCUUUUUCUAAAGUUCUUUAUAAUUGAGUACGUGAAUUAAUAAGUAUUUCAUCAGCAUGUCUUACUUAUGCAUUUUUAUUUAAAUUAAUUAAGAAGCUCAAUUGUUAUCUUCUGUACUUAUUGAUCGAGUAUUUAUAGGAAAAAAUCGAAAACUAUCAAAUUUAUAUGAACUGAGCUGUAAAAGUUUAAAUUUACUCUUUUUAAAAACGCCUCGCAUACCGGUAAUUUCCCAAUAUAUGCAUAUGUGAUAAUCAUUUUGAUUAAAGUCAGUAGCUAUCGAUUAUUGUCGUAAAUUUCAUUUUCAUUUUGAUAUUUUAUUUGUAAUUAAAAGCUCUUCACACAUUUAAUAUUCUUUAGCUGUGCAAAGAGGAUGAGCGCAAAAAAAAUUAAUAAAAUAAUUAAA